AGUCGAGACAUUGCUGAAUGGCCGGUCUGAGCUUGUAAACAGGUGCUUGCACUAAUAAGCGUCCGUCAGUGAGCAGGAAUAAUACUGUGGCAGGCAAUAUUCUCGGAAACCAUGAUUGUAAGAUUCAACGGGCUGAAGAGAGGCCUAUUCCUUCAAGGGAUGUUCUUUGCAGUGUCCCAUCUUGUGCUCUCUGAAAAGCUGGGUCCUGCUGAGAAAGAAGUCACCUUCAGCCAUGUCUACAGCAUUGACUCUGGUUGCAAGCAGGGUUCUCAGGUGGUUCAGCUUUCCCAGGACCAGGCCUCAGAAGGACAGUUAGUCACAGUGGAUGGAGAGAAUGACGUUGUUUUCAAACACAACAUACGUCUGCAGUCGGCUGGUUGUGGAUGUGCAGAUUCCGAAGACUUCAAAGCCCUGCUGUACCGUGUAAAUGGCCUGGAGGAGGAAGUCACCUACCUAAAGAGCCAAUGCGCUCAGGGCUGCUGCAGAGGAGGGUCAGGUGUGGACACUAGCUGCAGUGGGCAUGGCACAUACCAGCAGGACUCUUGCAGUUGUAAGUGUAACCCAGGCUGGGAGGCUCCAGACUGCUCUAUCUCAUCCUGCCCCGACGAAUGCAACGAUAACGGCCGCUGUGUUGACGGACGCUGCGUCUGCUAUGAAGGCUACACCGGCCAUGACUGCAGCCAGCCCACAUGCCCUAACAACUGCAAAGACAAAGGCCAAUGUGUGGAUGGCAAAUGCGUGUGCUUUAGUGGAUUCUCAGGAGAAGACUGCAGUAUCGUCACCUGUCCGAAUGACUGCAUAGGAAAUGGACGCUGCGUGGAUGGACAGUGCAUCUGCGAUGAGGGAUUCUUUGGAAUUGACUGCUCCAUGGUUCUAGGACCAAAAGGUCUCCGUCUGAUCAAAGUCACAGAUGAAUCUCUGCUGGUGGAGUGGGAGUCUGUGAGAGGGGCCGAGUACUACAUCCUGUCCUACUAUCCAAAGGGAGACGAGGGAGCCAUUAAAGAUGUCCGGGUGGAAAACACGAAAAACUCCUACCUAAUCACGGGCCUCAGAGCCGGAGUCACGUACAUAGUGCAGGUGUAUGCUGUCAUCAGAGGCAUUAAAAGUCAAUCUGAUGAGAUAGUGGCUACGACUGAGGUCUCUGGUGUUGAAGGAAUCAAGGUGCUGGGCCAGACAGAGGACUCUAUCCAGGUGGACUGGAAGAAUCCUGCGAUUGCUGUGGACUACUUCAAAUUGACCCAUGCUAGCCUUGAUGGUCAGGGAGGACAGGAGAACGUGGCAAUGAGCCAAGAGGCCAGAACCAAGCAUACCAUUGUAGGCCUCAACCCAGGAACCGAAUAUCAGAUAGGCGUACAAGCAAUCAUAGGGGAAAUGGAAGGCAAGCCAUCGUAUGCCACAGGGGUCACAGACAUUGAUGCCCCAACCAAUCUGGCAACCAGGGGGGUGACGGAGAACUCUGCAACUGUGAUGUGGGAUGGUGUUCAUGCUGAGAUCGAUGGUUACAUACUGAUAUACAGCUCUGCAGAGGGCACCGGUCGAGAAAUUAAAGUGGGUGCAGAUGCUACUUCUUACCAGCUGACCUCUCUGAAACCAGGAGUCCUGUACACAGUUUUCCUCUGGGCGUAUAAGGGUUCUCGUUCCAGCCAGAAGAGCAUGACCAAAGCCGAGACGGCGAUUGAUGCACCAAAGAAUCUCAAAGCCAUUGAUGUCCAGACUCAAACCUCCACUUUAACAUGGAAAGCUCCUCAGGCUAAUAUUGAUGGCUACAUCCUGACCUACAGGGCUGAAGAUGGCAGCAUGCAGACUGUGGAAAAAACUUUGACUGCGCGGGAGAACAGAUUUGCUCUCUCUGACCUCACAAUGGGGAAAAAGUACAUUGUCACCCUUAUUGCCUACAAGGGCACGAAGAAGAGUAGGGUAGUGGAGACACGCUUUAGCACAGUGCGUCUGGCCUACCCGUUCCCAAUGGACUGCACUCAGAUUAUGAGAAAUGGAAACAUGGAGAGCGGCGUCUACACAAUCUACGUCAACAGCAACCGUAGCAGAACCAUGCAGGUGUAUUGUGACAUGACAACUGACGGCGGCGGCUGGAUUGUGUUCCAGAGACGAAACACCGGCAAAUUAGAUUUCAAGAGGCGCUGGAGAGAGUAUACGAAAGGCUUUGGAGAACUGACAGAUGAAUUUUGGCUCGGUUUGGAGAAGAUCCAUGAGCUGACUAAUACUCCUACACAAUAUGAAGUGCGUUUCGAUCUGGGCUUGGGAUCAGAGCGGACGUAUGCUGUCUACGAUAACUUCAGAGUAGCACCAUCCAAACAGAAGUUUAAUCUUACCAUCGGCAGCUACAAAGGAAAUGCUGGUGAUGCCAUGACCUACCACCAGGGAGCGUCUUUCUCAACGGAGGAUUCAGACAAUGACAUCGCGCUUGGCAACUGUGCUCGGACUCACCAAGGGGCCUGGUGGUACCAGAACUGCCACCUGGCCAAUCUGAACGGCAGAUUUGGGGACAACAGACACAGUAUGGGAGUAAACUGGGAGCCAUGGAAAGGUCACCUCCAGUCUCUCGACUUUGCAGAAAUUAAGAUCCGGCCAGUGGGAGCAGCGGGCAGACAGAAAAGGUCAUUGAAAAGGAGAGUAGCUGUGUAUUAAUAAUCACUUGACAAAAAAUGUUAUAAUAAAAUCCUAAAUGUUUCAGAAUCUGAUCAGACCAAGUUGUAAUAGUUCUUCAUAUGAGGAAAGCCACUCUAUUCUGAAGAUUGUACGCUUGUGUAACUGUCUUUUGUAACAUUAUACAAAAGUCAGAUUUCGAAUAGAAUAUGCUAUACUUCUUUUGAUUUACUAUAUAUGCACAUUGUAUAUGAAAGAAAUCCAAAAGCAAAACAACAUUUGUAGCAUGACUGACAUCACAGUGCCAUUCCGAACUCAAAGGGUGUAUUUCAUAAAUUUUAUAAUCUUCAUAGAACCUGUUUUUUUAUAUAUAUAUAUUUUAUUACAGAUUUUUGGACCAAAGUACUUUUACUGUAUGAUCAUUUUCUAAAGUUUUGAAUUAAUAUUUUUGAUUUUAC